AUGGGACAUGAGGAGCAUGGAGGGACUUGGCACAUGGACGCAGCUCAACUGGAUACGCAAAGGAAGAAGGGAGAAGCCAUCUUGAAGACCAGCUCGACCGUCUACUCGACCAACCGGUCGAGUUCCUCAACUCGACCGGCCAAGCUUCAACUCGAUCGAGCUGAGAAGAACCCAACUUCAAGGAGCAACAAGUUCAAAAUGUUGAGAGGUGAAGGAAGCCAAGCAGCAUUGGGGAGAAAGCAAAGAGCAGAGAAGGCAAGAAGAAUGAGAGAAAGGAUGUCCAUAGAUGAAGGGUUGGAAUAUGUGAGAUCAAGGGAAGAGAGGAACCAGCAGAUGGAAGAGAGGCAUGUCUCCUCUGAGGAGCGUUCUGAAAGCGAGAGAUUGAGGGAGGAAAGGAGGACCAAGAAGAGGAAUGACGCCAUUAGUAGUGAGAGUGAACAAGGGGAGUUUGAGAUUGGAGUGAACCUUGUUCAAGAGGGUAGUGGUUCUCCAAGUGAAGAAGGAAGUGAUGAGACUGAGAGUGAGAGGAAGGAGAAGAGGCUGAAUCAGAGGAAGAGGAUGAGCUCCCCAUGUACCAAGAGCACUUACAAUGCUCUCUUCUCCAUGGACUUUGUGGAGACUAAGUACCCACAUGAUGACACCAUGAGAGACCUUGGGAUCUUUGAGGAUGUGGAGUUGGUGCUCAAGAACAUGCAAUUGGGAAGUUCUUCUCUCACCGCAUGGAGUCUUACAAGGAGUUGA